AUGUCGUUCCGCCCCGUGAGCCCGGCGAGUCCCGCGGGGGAGGCCUCGGCCUCGUUCGCGCAGACGGGCGCCGAGUUUACGCUCGACGACAGCAGCGACGCCAUCGACGACGAUGACGAUUAUGACGACGACGAGGAAGACCUGCGCUCCGAGGUGGGCAACGGCGCCGCCGAGUCCUACGAGAUGGUGGAGCGCGUGGACGAAGCAGCCGCCGCCGCUGGCAGCGGCUCGGGCGCGCGCGCAAUGCGCUCCGCCCGGCGGCCCAGCGCGAGCACUGUCGCAACCUUCCAGCUCUACACGCCGGACGAGGAGCGCGCCGUGCGCCGCAAGUUCGACAGGCGGCUGGUGCUGUUUGUGACGCUGCUAUUCAUGCUCAGCUUCCUCGACCGCUCCAACAUUGGCAACGCGCGCAUCGCCGGCAUGGACGAGGACCUGCAAACGGACCCUCCGCGCGACGACUGGUACGAGUGGGCGCUGACGGCCUUUUACAUCUCGUACAUUGCUUUUGAGUGGAUGUCGCUGCUAUGGAAGCUCGUCCCCGCCCAUGUCCUCGUCUCGGCCGUCGUCUUCACUUGGGGGCUUACGGCCUCGCUCCAGGCCGUCACCACCUCGUACCCAGUCCUCAUCGCGCUGCGUGUCCUCCUCGGCAUCGGCGAGGCGGGCUUCACUGGCAUACCCUUUUACCUGAGCUUCUUCUUCCGCCGCGAUGAGCUGGCGUUUCGGACCGCCAUCUUCAUAUCGGCGACGAGCUUCGCGUCGACACUCGCCUGGGUCAUUGUGCGCUUCGCCGAGCUCAGUCCCAUCGCCCCCUGGCGCCUGCUUUUCCUCAUCGAGGGCUUCCCCUCCGUCAUCGUCUCCGUCAUCGCCUGGAGCGUCAUCCCCGACUCCCCGCAGACGGCGUCGUACCUCACCAAGCGCGAGAAGAAGGUCGCCCGGCUGCGUCUGCGGCACGAGGCGCCGGCCGGCGCAGCGUCCGCCACCGGUACCGCCUCCUCCGACUCCGGGCCGGCCUCCAAGCCCGCGUCCGGCCUCCGGGGCCGCGACCUCGCUGCCGUCUUCUGCGACCCCGUCGCCUGGAUCACGGCCGCCAUGUUCUUCCUCACAAACAUGGCCUACUCGUCCCUCCCCGUCUUCCUCCCCAAGAUCAUCCACGAGAUGGGCCACAGCACCCUCGCCGCCCAGGCCCUGAGCGCACCGCCCUACCUCCUCGCCUUCGUCGCCGUCCUCUUCACCGCCCACAUGUCGGACCGCCUGCGCGCCCGCACCGUCCCCAUCGCCCUCCACGCCCUCGCCUCCGCCGCCGGCUACGCCACUCUCGCCCUCUCCGAGUCCCUCCACCUGCCCGCCUGGCUGCGCUACCUCGCCGUCUACCCCGCCGCCGUCGGCUUCUUCAAUGUCGUGACCCUCGUCAUCGCCUGGAGCAUCAACAACCAGGCCAGUCAGACCCGCCAGGGUGGUGGCUUUGCGCUCCUUCAGCUCGUCGGUCAGUGCGGACCACUUGUCGGCACCCGCCUCUACCCGGACGCCGACGCGCCCUACUAUGGGCGAGGCAUGAUGGCUUGCGCGUGCGCCAUGCUCUCUGUCGCCGUCCUUGCCGCCGUGUUGCGCUUCUACCUCCAGUUCCAGAACCGCAGGAUGGACAGGGCCGAGGCAGACAGGCUUGCGGGCGGAGACACGGUCGAGGAGGAGGGUCUGGUCGGCCAUGGGAGAAGAAAGACGGAGCCGUCUUACAUGUUCCGGUACAUGUUGUGA